AUGGAGAUUACAAAGUAUGCAGUGGAAGUGACUCUGGAUCCUGAUACAGCUCACAACCUCCUCAUCCUGUCUGCUGAUGGGAAACAAGUGAGGCAUGGUACCUUAUCACAGAAACGCUCUGACAACCCCAAGCGCUUUGAUCCUAUUGCUUGUGUUCUUGGAAAGCAGGGGUUCACCUCUGGUAGAUUUUACUAUGAGGUUGAGGUCAGUGGGAAGACUGAAUGGGAUUUAGGAGUAGCCAGAGAGUCCAUUAACAGGAAGGGAGACAUUACCGCGAGUCCUGAGAAUGGAGACUGGUCAAUAUGGCUGAGAAAUGGAGAUGAGUAUAAGGCACUUGAUACUCCUCGUGUUCUUCUCUCCCUCAAAGAGAAGCCAGAGAGGGUGGGGGUGUUUGUGGAUUAUGAGGCAGGUUUGGUCUCCUUUUAUGAUGCAGACAGAUGGAAUCUGAUGUACUCUUUCCGAGGUGUCUCCUUCAAGGAGAACAUCUUUCCAUUUAUUUGUCCAUCUACUAGAGAUGGUGGCAAAAACUCACCUCCUCUGAUGAUCAUCACUCCAAUUUCAUGCCCCAAAUGA